UACCAUUGUCUAUAUAAACACGCGUCUUCCAGCUUUCUCAGUUGCAGAGGAUUCUCGCUGUCGCUUACCAUAGAUUAAAUCAAACCCUUCUGUUAAAAUUCCGAUACUUUGAUUAAGCUAUGGCUCCAGUUGCCGUUGGAGAUACUCUACCGGAUGGAACACUUGCUCACUUCGACGAGCAAGAUCAGCUCCAGCAGGUGUCCAUCCACUCCCUCGCCGCCGGUAAAAAAGUUGUAAUCGUUGGUGUUCCCGGUGCGUUUACCCCUACCUGCAGCUUGAAGCAUGUACCUGGGUUUAUUGAGAGAGCAGAGGAGCUGAAAUCGAAGGGAGUUGCAGAAAUUCUGUGCAUUAGCGUUAACGACCCUUUUGUAAUGAAAGCAUGGGCAAAAACUUACCCUGAAAACAAGCACGUCAAAUUCCUGGCUGAUGGCUCUGCAACAUAUACACAUGCCCUUGGCCUUGAGCUUGACCUGAAUGACAAAGGACUUGGCACUCGAUCUAGGAGGUUUGCUCUCUUGGUUGAUGAUCUCAAGGUGAAGGCUGCAAAUCUUGAACAGGGUGGAGAGUUCACCGUUUCCAGUGUUGAUGAAAUCCUGAAGGCACUUUAAGUUCCCCUAGUAGUUCUCUGCACUCCAUUUGUCUUUGUUUCAAAAACGUGUAUCCCAUAUGUUAUUUUGUCAAUUCUGUUUCUUAGUUCUUUGUUUGAAACUGUAUUUGAUGAUUAAAGAAAUAAAGGAGUUGCUUAUCAAA